UUCAUGUCUUGCUGUUUUCAAGUCGUCGACGUGAAAAUUACUUAUGGAUAUAUACGCGUACAAAUCGUAACUGAAGACACUGGACACGGUCGUUUUUAACGACGGACCGUCUUGCAAGUCGUCUUCGGCACGUACUCGAAAUAUAAAAUUCGUUUUGAUCGUUUCACGAGUCGCUUAAAAACUUCAGUUUUCGGUCACAUACGAAAAUAAGCUUACCCGUGUAUGGGGCUGUAUAUCUUGGACUGUUAAAACGGAAAAUUGAACGGAUCGAGUUCAAGGCAUAUAGAGCCGUUAAUAUAAGUAAAUCUAUGGUUUCAAACUUCAAGGGUUCUCUCGAGUCUCGUUAUUCCGAUAUUUCGAUCUUCGGCGGCAAAGAAGACGAAGACGACGGCGGCGACAGUGUGACCAUUUGUCUGGCGCACGAACUCGUUUCGGUCCGUCGGCAGCGUUGACCGUGGCCUGCAGCGUGCGUCCGUCAACGAUAAUAUUAUUGUAUACAACUGUUUUCGUGGUGUGUGCGCGUGCGCCCGACCGUAUAUAUUGUGUUUACCAUAAUAAUGUAUCGUCAUUAUCAACGCGUAUCGUCCGAUUAUCAUUUCAUUACCAAUAAUAAUAAUAACAAUAUAAAAAGUAGUAAUAAAUAAUAAUAGUAGUGUUUUUCGUUUUGUUCGCGGUAGUGUUGGGUUUAAUGUCAUUUCGCGAAUCUCUCCGUUCGGUCUUCCGAUCGAAAAACUAGCACGCGCGGAACUGGUUUCGCGACUGCGCCGCCGACUACAACUAUACUACGACGACAACACGGCCUAAUAUUGUAUCGCACGUUCGCAGAAAACAAAUUCCGCGGCGUACGCGAUUUGUGAAAUUUUCGUCCGUCGCUGUUAUGACGGAUCGUCGUCCGACGACAUCCCGAUUCGCCGAAAACCGUUCCGGUCGUUCACGCUAACCCGGGAAUACCGGUGGGUAAGCAUCUGUGAAAUUUAUGCGUGUUCCCAGUAUCCGUGUCAUCAUCCUUCGCUGCCCCCCGACGAUCACCUCAGUCUCUUUAAAGUUUAGUCGUUCGAUCAUGUUAUUAUGUUCACGUAAUGCACGUCCUCCGAAUACUCGCCCGUGAUCAAACGGCGGUCAUUAAUUGCAGUGAGUCAAUGUUCUGUCACGGAUAGAUUGGAUCAAAUGGUCGUUGGCCAAUCGUUGAACAAACACUGGAAAAAUGGAUCACGGGUAUCAAAAUACCGGCAGAACCCAUUUUGGAACAACUCCUCAACAAUUGGUUACACACUCGUUUUGCGACAGAGCUUCUCCAGUGUCACCCGUCACAAACAUCGGAAGUUACACUUCAUUUGUGCAACACGUAAAAGAUGACAACAAUAUGAAUUCGUUACAGCGCAAAGCACAAGUGAAAUUAAAUGCCAUGCCAUGGUUUCAUGGAAAAAUAUCAAGAGAGAUGGCUGAAGAUUUGCUAACACCAAAAGAAAAUGGUCUAUUUCUGGUUAGAGAAUCUACGAACUAUCCGGGAGAUUAUACACUUUGUGUUUGUUACAUUGGUAAAGUGGAACAUUACAGAGUAAAGUAUAAAGACAACCAACUUACAAUCGAUGAUGAAGAAUUUUUUGAAAAUCUAUCCCAAUUAGUCGAACACUACCAAAAAGAUGCUGAUGGACUAUGUACACAAUUAACCAAGAGUCUACCUAAAAAAGGCAAACAAGAAUUUUGUAUUGAUACCAAAUCUUUUAUUGAUGCCGGAUGGGUUAUCCAAGAACAGGAAUUACAGUUAAACGAAACCAUUGGCAAAGGGGAAUUUGGUGAUGUAUUAUUGGGAGUGUACAGAGGAGAAAAAGUAGCUGUUAAAAUGUUGAAAGAUUCUAGCGUAGAAGCCCAAAAAUUCCUAACAGAAGCUUUACUUAUGACGUCUUUGAGACAUGAAAAUUUGGUUGAACUUCUUGGACUUGUAUUAAAUGAAAAACAUUUAUUGCUAGUUACCGAAUACAUGGGUAAAGGUAGUCUUGUUGAAUAUUUACGAUCAAGAGGAAGACUUCAUGUCACCAAAAAAGAUCAAAUUAAUUUUGCUGUUGACACGUGUAGCGGUAUGGAGUAUUUAGAGUUUAGAAAAGUAGUACAUAGAGAUUUAGCAGCUCGAAAUGUUUUAAUAUCAGAAGCUGGAGUAGCUAAAGUAGCUGAUUUUGGAUUGGCACGUGAAGAAAAUUAUAUUGUGGAUGCUGGAAAAUUGCCCAUCAAGUGGACUGCCCCUGAAGCACUUAGACAAGGAGUGUUUUCAAAUAAAUCAGAUAUGUGGAGUUUUGGAGUUCUAUUAUGGGAAAUUUAUUCUUUUGGUCGAGUUCCUUACUCUAGAAUACCAUUAAUUGACGUAGUAAAGCAUGUAGAGAAAGGUUAUCGUAUGGAAGCUCCUGAGUGUUGUCCUCCAGAAAUAUAUGAAAUCAUGAGACAAGCAUGGGACUUAUUUCCUGAACGAAGACCUACGUUUAAGGAUGUUAAGACCAAACUAGCACAAUUAAAAGUUGUAACUAUUAACUAAAAGUUGCAUUGACUAAUGACUAAUGUAUUAUAAUAUAUCUGUGCACUAACUUUGUUAAUAUCUGUAUAGUAUCAAAUUUAAUUAAUAUUUAUGAGCUAGUCUUUAUUUUAUCAACCUUCAGUAUUUUUUAUUCUUUAGUGUUUUUUUAAAUUAUUAUUAUUACUAUUAUUAUUGUAUACUAUUUAAUAUUUAUACAAAGUAAAUGCAUUUAGUAUUGGCUGAGGUAGAUUUUCAAACUUUUAACCGAGUUACACAACUUAUUCAAUUAUGAUGUUGAAUAAUGUUUGAUAUUACAUAUUAAAUAUAAAUGUUUUUUAACAUGAUCACAUUAUUUAUAUCUAUUAUAUAUUUAAUCAAAAGCAUUUAAUUUAUAUAAAAUGGGAUCUUACUAUUAAAUAAUAUAUAAACUGAAUUAAUAUACUUAUAAUAAAUUAAUUUGAUAUCAUAUUAAUAAUCUUUGUGGGUAUUAACAUUUUGAAAUUAAUUUACAUAUUAUAUUGAUAUUCUGUCAAAUGCUUUAAUUAUUAAAGACAGUGUUAUGUAUGGUAUAUACGUGUGAUAUUUAGUUAUAUCAGGAAUUAAUACUGAAUGUAUAUACCAUUUUUAAUAAUUUUGUUCAUCAAGUUAGUUUAUUUAUUGCAUUUCGAUUAUCAUUAAGUAUGUUAAAAAAUUAAUCAAUACUUCACCAAUGCUAAGCAUUUUAAUAUUAAAUUUAUUUUGAUUGUAUUUUGGGCUUGAUUGUGUUUUUCGGUUUGUUUUUUUCAAUUUUAUUUCGUUAUUCAAUUGAUAGGUACAAUAUUUUAAAAUACUAUUUCGCAAAAAAUCAACAUCAAACUCAUCUCAUUGCAAUAAAUUGAUUUACUUUAAUACUCCAGAGAAAAACGUAACUUAAUAUGUUAAUUUUUUUUAUAUGAUGUAAAAGUUAUUUUUUCUAUAGUAGACAAUUUAUUAUUAAAUUAUUAUUUAUAUGUCAUUGAAUUUGACUGUUAUAAAAUGUAUUUAUAGCAAUUGUAACUUAUCUAUUAGAAAUUGGUUUCAAUUUUAUCAAUUAUUUAUUAAAUACUUUCUAUAAUAUUUAAUAGAUAAAUUUGCAUAGAUUUAUUUUUUAGUUUGCUUUUUAUUUUUGAAUUUAACUGUAAGUAUGAUGUAAUAUAUUAUUGAUAUUCUUUUCAAAACACCAAACUUAGAAAUAAUCUUUCCAAUUGCUUACUAAUAAAUAAUAAUACUGACUGAUUAAAAUAGAAUGUUACUAUAAAACACUAAUAUUGUUGGAAGCCCACGCCAAGUUUUUAAAUUUACACUGAUUACUGCUAAAAAUAUAUUUCUAAUAAAUGUUAAAAGAUUUUUUAUUUUACAAGUCAUUUGUAAUAUUAAAUUACAAAACACGAAAUUAUAAUGUCACUAAUUAAUUGUAUUAGGAUAAGAAAUAAUAAUCAAUUUUAAUGUUUUUUUUAAAAUUAUUUAUGUCAAAUCUCUUAAAUGAGAUGUAUCUAAGAUAAAUUGCCUUAUUUGACAUAACAUAUUUGGAGUUUGGACGUAAGAAAACUUUUAAUGUUUGAUUUGUUUUAGGUAAAGGUUUUAUAUUCAAAACUUUGUAAAUAUUACUGUAUUUUACUGGUGUAUUUGUUUGUUUGUUUGUUUUUUUUUUAUUUACUUGGGUAGCUUUAUUUCCAAAAACUUGGUUUUUGUACUCAUAUGUUUAUUCAUAAGUUUAUUAUGAUAAUUUUUAUUUUAAGAAAAUUUUUUUUUUCUACCCUAUAAUAUAUUUUUUUUAAUCUAAAAUAAAUUGAUAUUCUCAAUCAAUAAGUGUUAU